AGCUCGUAAAAAUAUACAAACUGCAAUUUGCACCGCAUCCGCAGGACUGGAGAGACCGGCCUUUCAAGUAAACAGUGAAAACUCUCGAUUCUUGUGCAGCCGCACAUAAACAAUCCAUUUUGUUUUCAAUGUCGAAUUUCACAACUUUCCGUACGCUAGCAGCAUUCGGACGAAAUAUUCUCGGUCGUUCUCAAUAUUGUGCGUUUUCAAAACAAUACGGAGUAAAUCGGUUCUACAGUCAGUCAACGGCAACGCAUAACGACGGCACGAUGGAAGACUACAAGAACGCUAAAUCGGUGUAUGACUUCACGGUAAAGGAUUCGCAAGGUGCCGACGUCAGCCUAGAGAAAUAUCGUGGCAAGGUGCUGCUAAUCGUCAACAUUGCCUCGCAGUGCGGUCUAACGAAGGGCAAUUAUGCCGAGUUGACGGAGCUAUCGCAAAAGUACGCGGACAAGGAGUUCAAAAUUCUGUCCUUCCCUUGCAAUCAGUUCGGUGGCCAAAUGCCGGAGGGUGAUGGUGAGGAAAUGGUGUGCCAUUUACGUUCGGCCAAGGCAGAAGUUGGGGAUGUUUUCGCUAAGAUCAAAGUGAAUGGUGACGAUGCGGAACCGUUGUACAAAUAUCUGAAGCACAAGCAGGGAGGUAUUUUGGGUGAUUCAAUUAAAUGGAAUUUCUCCAAAUUUCUGGUAAGCAAGGACGGACAGCCGGUGGAUCGCUAUGCACCGACCACAUCGCCCAAGAGCAUUAUUAAGGAUAUCGACAAGCAGUUGGAAGCAUAAAGAAACGUUACCAGUAUAGCCGGGAGGCCCUAUCUGCAGUAGAGCAGCAGUCGUUCACAUCACGCUACGAACAUUUGCAUUUGUUUUUUUCUGUUUUCAUGUCCACACGCGCUACGCACGUGUGCGCUUUGUCUUUGCUACAUCAUUACGAGCACUUCUUUCCACCGUGUUGUCGAACAGUAAUUUAAGAAAUAAAAACAUUUGUUUGGUUGUUGUGUGUGGUUCACCGUA